CGAAAUAUGGCGGCUAGGUUCCACGAAAAGUACUAAGAUCUGCUUCAAUUUCGACAGAUUUGUCAAGGUUGCAUGGUGGGGUUCUGUAGGACUGCACCGGUACCACUGAACACAUGCGAAUCAGCAUGGGGAGGACCGCGCUGAAAGAUCAGAAAGAUGGUAAGAAGGAGAGGCCAGGCAGGAGCACGCCUGUCAACACCCAGGGCCCUGCGCCAGUUAAAGCUCCCGAGUCUUUCACCUGGGAGGAGUAUCUGAAGGAGACGUCGUCCACACCUGCCCCGCCCAGCUGUUUCAGACAGUCUCGUAUCCCUCCCUCAAACGACUUCAAAGCAGGCAUGAAAUUAGAGGCUCGCGACCCUCGCAACUCCACGUCAGUCUGCAUCGCCACGGUGAUGGGCAUGACGGGCAUAAGGCUCCGGCUGCGCCUGGAUGGCAGCGACAACACCAAUGAUUUCUGGAGAUUGGUCGACUCGUCUGACAUUCAGCCAAUAGGGACGUGCGAGAAGAACGGAGACAUGCUGCAGCCGCCGCUGGGGUUCAGGAUGAACGCCUCCUCCUGGCCCAUGUUCUUGCUGAGGACGUUGAACGGGGCUGAGAUGGCGCCCGGCUCCGCGUUCAAAAAGGAACCUCAGAGGCCGCCUCAGAACGGUUUCAAGCCUGGCAUGAAACUGGAGGCGGUGGACAAGAAGAACCCAUACCUCAUCUGCCCCGCCACCGUCGGUGAGAUCAAGGGCGAUGAGGUCUUCAUCAUGUUCGACGGCUGGAGGGGGGCAUUCGAUUACUGGUGUCGCUACGACUCCAGGGACAUCUUCCCCGUGGGCUGGUGCUCGGUGACCAAACACAGCCUGCAGCCGCCCGGGAACAGCAUCACCCUCCCGAAGCCGUCCCCUGCCCUUUCCUCUGCCUCCUCCUCCUCUUCCUCUCCGUCCAAGCCGACGCGUCGCUCCAUGCAGCCGGCGUACCGCCUUCCCACGCCCCUCCCCCCGCUGCCAGUCCGCAAGGGGGUGAGAGGUCGGAGGCCCAAGAGCGAGACCAUGGCCCUGCUGAAGGCCCUGGCGGCGUCGGCGGCAGCUCAGGAUGCAGUUGCUCCACCGGGGGGCGCCACGCCCACGCCGCAGAUCGCCCCGCGCCCGCACAAGAAGAGAGGGCCCAAGCCUGGUAGCAAGAGGAAGCCCAAGGUCCUCCCGAGCUCCAUAUCCACACCUGCAGGUUCUGACUCAAGAGUGCCCCCUGCCCAGGUGCCCAGGGACAGCCUUUCUCCGGCGGGCAGCCGCUCGUCAGUGGUCUCCACUGUGUGUGUGUACGUGAACAAACACGGUAACUGCGGCCCUCACCUAGAUCGCAAGCAGGUCCAGCGUCUGCCGGACCACUUCGGGCCUGGGGCCGUGAACACAGUGCUGCAGCAGACGGUACAGGCGUGCCUGGACUGUGCCUACCAGCCCAAAGUCCUGCUGGGUUGCCUGCAGAACCAGCCCGAAGGCGGAGAGGUGGUCCGAGUGCGCACAGACGGUGGCACACGGACGGUGAAGCUGCCGUCGGCCUCCAACGCCGGGUUCGUUCUGCAAUUCCUGGAGAUGGUGUGCAGACACCUGCAGUGUGAUGACCUGUUCAGCAGUCAGCCCUUUAGCCCCGCCUACAGCCAGCCCUUUAGCCCCGCCUACAGCUCCUAUGAAAGGAGCAGGACAGUGAAGGAGGAGCUGUCUGAGGCUCCGGCACUGAACAGAGGAGUGAAGAGGAUCUCCAGGGACUCCCCACCCUACUCACUCCCCCUGUCACCCAAGCUGCUGCACACAGACACACAUCCCUCGGAAGCCGAGACCCUACCUCCAGAAGAGAACGGCUUAUUGAAGGAGCAGCGAUUCAUGGACUCCGCCUCCAAUUCCAUAACGCCCCGCCCACAGACCCUAAGAAGCACCUCAGAAUACCAGUCCCAACCCAGCAGUCCCUAUUUCCAUGGCAACGGCCCUGCACUGCGUCGCCAUGCCUCUAACCCCUCUACACGCAACCACAGAAGAGUAGAAGCAGCCAGCUCCACUACAGGUCCUGAUGCAGCAGCAGCAGCAGAACGCGAGACUCCAAGGCUUCCUGGUGGCAAAAGCCCGUCUUCCUGGUCCAUAGAGGAAGUGAUGCGGUUUGUGCAAGACGCUGACCCCACGGCCCUGGCUCCUCAUGCAGAACUCUUCAGGAAGCACGAGAUAGACGGGAAAGCCCUCAUGCUGUUGAGGAGUGACAUGGUGAUGAAAUACAUGGGCCUUAAGCUUGGUCCUGCCCUCAAACUCUGCUACCACAUUGAAAGACUCAAACAAGGCAAACAAUGAAGACUUGCAGUAUUGGAUUAAAUACUUAAAAAGUGCUGGAUUAUACACACAGUACUAGACUGUUUAUAGUACUGGAUCAGACACACAGUACUGAAUAUUACUUGGUAAGGUUUACAGUACUGAAUUAGACUCGCAGUAUUGGGCUAAACAUACAUGCAGUACUGGAGUACAUUUAAUAUACUGGCUGAAGCAGUACUGGGUUAACUGCACGGUACUGGAACAGAUGUACAGUACAGGAAGGAUGUCGCAGCACAGAGCUAAACACGUAGCCGUAGACGCGCGGCGCUUUUCCAUCUAAGCCAGCGAGCAGUUCUCUGGGGGCUUCUGAGAGCCACGGGACCCCGCAUGCCGGUCGGGAAGAGGAGACUCUUAGUCGUCCGCGCGCAGCAGACCGAUGAUUAAAAGCGGCCCGCAGCGACGCACGCAGGUGUGGGGAGUCUGGCGUCUGUGGGCUUUGGCUGGGGGAACAACCAUCCGGACAGCAAUAAGGUCUGGCACACGCUACCUACCGCUCCAAGAGAGCCGGGCUGGGCAGACCGAAGGACUCCAGGAAAAGACGGAGCGAUCCUGAAGUGGACCAAUGUCUCUCCCUUGCCUGUGCCCUAUAGACAGCAUUUCUUUUGCUCCUUCGUGUUUUCUUUUCCUUGCUCUGUUUUCUGUCUCCCUCUUUCCCUGUGUCCCAGUUCUCUCCUGCUCUUCUUUUAAGGAGCUUGAGCUUGUUUUUUUUCCCCCUUCAUUUUGGCUUUUUUUGCUCGUUUCUCUAAAUGUUUAUAAAGUUUUGGCCCUGAGCGAAGACGAGACCAGGCUGGACCGUGUCUGCGGAGAGCGAGAGGACGUCUGACAAAGGACAUGGAGUCUUUAAACGUUCCCCUUUGUCCGAUCAGCCUCCCAAAGAUUUCAGUUGCUGUUGGGACCAGUAUGUCAAUAAUACUGGAGAAUAGGUGUGAUGUUCUGGUGUGAUGAACUCAUUGGCUUGUCGAUUCCCUACCUCCUUCCUGAAAUACGGAAUCAGUCAUUCUAAUUCAGUUGUGCUCUGAGCUUGUGUGAAGCCAAAUGGCAUUUGUUAAAUAUUUUUUAUUUUUUCCAUCUUGUUUUUAUUCAUCAGGAUUCAAUCGCGUCACCGUGCAUGGUUUUAAAGCUCAUGUGGCAGCUGUUUAAUUGCCACUGUCACCCCCAAAGCAGCUACACAGUUUACCAAAAAGCUAUAUAUUGAAGGAGCUUAAAUAAUUUUAGCCAUAGGAUACAUAACUGAUUAACUGUGACAAAGAUAUAGGUGUAAAUCAUUUGACCAAAACAACAAACUCCUAAACCUGUCAUCGUGAUGGCAUGUUGUGUGCUUUUUGGGAUGUGUCCACUCCGUUGGUGAAAGCAUUAUAUAUAAAAGCCACAAGGCAGAAGAGGAUCUUAAUAGGUAUUUUCACGUUAGUGGUCCCAUCCAGAAACCUCCACUGCUACUGUGGGGAAAGUUAUGGAAGGGCAGAACAUUUAAAGUUAAUGUUUCUAUUAGAAUUUUGUUCUCCGCAACAUUCUUUGUGUCAUUCAUUCCUUGAUGGCUGAUAUGACAAGACCACUGUGUGUGUGUGUGUUUUUAUAUAUAUAUAUAUAUAUAUAUA